CAAUUAGUUGCAAUGGAUUUUCAAGUUCUAUUGUGUGUGCUGUUAACAGGCAGUGUUGUUAAUUCCUAUAACCAAGCCAAGCCUACACGAUGCUUAUUUCCAUGUGAAUUUAGGGAAAACAUACCAAUCGUGAAUGAGCUUAGUAGUAUAUGGUUUAUAAAUUCUCAAUCCUUUGGUACAUAUACCAACUUAUCACGUCCAAUAGGAGAGCAGACAUCAACAUCUGAAUGUAUCAUGAGACAUGGGCCUUUCUUUAUACUCAGAGAAUUUGGACUGUAUUUUUGUUUCAAGUUUAUGGCCCUUACUGAUACAGACUGGGUCGAAUACUUCAGCGCAGGAAGCGAGACUCUGUUACCAUUUUGUGAGAUGUGUGAUGGUUCAAAAUUUUCAGGACCAGGUUAUUUUUCAGGUAAAAAUUAUUGA